AUGAGUGCAGUUGUCACGAUUGCUGGAUCCGAGUACGGCACUGACCGCCCGCCAAAUGGCCGUACAGGCUCAAAUGCCACCCUGAGGAGCCUGCCGCCAGCAUACUCUCCGCGCGAGGCCGCAGCUGACACUAUGUCAAAUGAACCGGAGACCGCACCAAAUCUUUUGCCGGCUUAUCAUCCUCCUCCAGGCAUACUGUUCGCCAAUUACCGCCCCGAGGCCAAAUCACCGCCGCUGAGACCCGUCCACGCAGCAGCGGCCGAAGCACAAGCUCCACGUGCGCGCAUCGACUUGGUCCAAGCCCGGCGAUCAGAACCUCGGCAACCCUCGCCCUACGCAAGUAUGGUCGGAGCGCUCUUCGUGACCGGACUUCUGGCACUCUUGUUGAUCGGCAUUGCCGCGAGCCCGAGGAAGGACGGUAACAGAAAGUCUAGCGCGGGCAUGUAG